UCCCCUCAGUCGCCCCGUGGCUCGGCCGGCGGACGGCGUGUUGCUGCGUCAUCGCCAGUGGCCGGUUUGAAUGAGGCUCUUGUCGCACCGUGUCUGCCGCCACUACCGCGCCUCCGCCUCGGCCGCCGCCACAGCUUCUUUGCGGCCCUUUCCUUUCGCCGCUCUUGCCAGGCCCAGCCUUCCUGCGCCGCCGCCGCCUCCUAGCGCGCCCUGCCAUGCCGCUCUACUCCGUUACUGUGAAAUGGGGAAAGGAGAAAUUUGAAGGUGUAGAACUGAAUACUGAUGAACCUCCGAUGGUGUUCAAGGCUCAGCUUUUUGCACUGACUGGAGUCCAGCCGGCCAGACAGAAGGUUAUGGUGAAAGGGGGAACACUGAAGGAUGAUGAUUGGGGAAACAUCAAAAUAAAAAAUGGAAUGACUUUACUAAUGAUGGGGUCAGCAGAUGCUCUUCCUGAGGAGCCCUCAGCUAAAACUGUCUUCGUAGAAGACAUGACAGAAGAACAGUUAGCAUCUGCUAUGGAAUUACCAUGUGGAUUGACAAACCUUGGUAACACUUGUUACAUGAAUGCUACAGUUCAGUGUAUUCGUUCUGUACCUGAACUCAAAGAUGCCCUUAAAAGGUAUGCAGGUGCCUUGAGAGCUUCAGGGGAAAUGGCUUCAGCACAGUAUAUUACUGCAGCCCUUAGAGAUUUGUUUGAUUCCAUGGAUAAAACUUCUUCUAGUAUUCCACCUAUUAUUCUACUGCAGUUUUUGCACAUGGCUUUUCCACAGUUUGCAGAGAAGGGCGAACAAGGACAAUAUCUUCAACAGGUAAUCAGGGCAAGGCUCUGUGGUUUUUAUUUUGUAAAUGUAAAAUUUAGGCGUCCUACACUUACUGGAGUAUAUUUGGAAAUACAAAUAAUCAGUCCUCUGGCCUUUGCUCUUGUUCCUUUGGCUCCCAGGUGCAUGGCUUGCUUCCUCACCUCGUUCAGGUAUCAUGGCUCAAAUCGACUUCAGGAAGAAAUCACCAAACAGUCUCCAACAUUGCAAAGAAAUGCUUUGUACAUCAAAUCUUCCAAGAUCAGCCGGUUGCCUGCUUACUUGACUAUUCAGAUGGUUCGAUUUUUUUAUAAAGAGAAGGAAUCUGUGAAUGCCAAAGUUCUUAAGGAUGUUAAAUUUCCUCUUAUGUUGGAUGUGUACGAACUGUGUACACCAGAACUUCAAGAGAAAAUGAUUUCUUUUCGAUCAAAAUUCAAGGAUCUGGAAGAUAAAAAAGUAAAUCAUCAGCCAAAGACAAGUGACAAAAAGAGUAGUCCCCCAAAAGAAGUUAAGUAUGAACCCUUUUCUUUUGCUGAUGACAUUGGCUCCAAUAAUUGUGGAUACUAUGACUUACAAGCAGUGCUAACACAUCAGGGAAGAUCUAGCUCUUCAGGUCAUUAUGUAUCAUGGGUGAAAAGGAAACAAGAUGAAUGGAUUAAGUUUGAUGAUGAUAAGGUCAGCAUCGUGACACCAGAGGAUAUAUUGAGGCUUUCUGGUGGUGGAGACUGGCAUAUAGCUUAUGUUCUACUCUAUGGGCCUCGCAGAAUUGAAAUAAUGGAAGAGGAAAGUGAACAGUAAUCUUCAUUUUAGCUAUUUAUGCUUAGGUGUGAAAUAAAUGUUGUUUGUUGAUCAUUUCUAUAACCCAGAGCUUUAAAGGAAGAUUUUUAGGUGGUUUUACAUGUUUCCCCUCAUGUGGAACAAAAGAGGGCAGAAGCAGACCACUCUGUGUUAUCGACCUAAAGAAUAACAGAAAAGAGAAAAUUGCCUUUGGACUGUGCUGCCCUAUAUAAAAGUGACAGGAAGACAUUUUUAAAAAGCUUAUUUCUUGGAUUAAUUUUUAAAAAUUAUGAGUUGAAAUGCCUUUCAACCAUUACCUUCUGUGAUAAUUUUUCUUCCUUUUUCAGCCCAAGAUUCAGCAAUCAGAUGUUUAUUGCACACCUAUUACUCUAUUAUUUGUUGUUUUUGCAUGGUUCAAACCACCAGUGAUUCAGUAGCUGCCCAUCCUUUGCAUUAUCUAACAAAAAUUUUGCCAGGACGGUGGAAAGGAAGUUAAGUGUUGAUCUCAUUGUGUAACUCAGUGCUGCUGUCCCCAUCCCAUGGAAACAUGGGUACAAUCAAGUAUUUGUCCAGCCUGACUGUUGCUGGCUUUUCAUGACUUUAAAAUAAAUUGUGAUCAAUAAUAGUACAUUUGAUUAUACAUUUAUUACUGUGUCUCUGAUGUACUAGGUUUGUACAUUUAACUUUGCAAUGGUUUUGUAGUAAUCAACCUUAAAAAUAAUGUUGACAA